GCUGUCGGUUUCGUAACCGUCGCUCCUCCUCGCCGACUCGCGGGCUGCGAGGCCUGGGUCGAGUCGGGCCGCGCCGCGCGGGGCCGCUCGGAGUGAAGGCUGUCUGGGGGCGGGCGGGUCGGAGGCGCAGGUUCAUGUGAAGAUUUUUUGGCAGUUGAGUGUGGCCUCCUUGGAUCACAUUGCUCUGAUUUCUACCUGUUCUGUAUUGGUAAAGGAACGUGCCCAAAUGAGCAAGCUGUCGCAGCCAGCCGCUACUCCAGGAGUGAACGGAAUAAGUGUCAUUCAUACUCAGGCACAUGCCAGCGGUUUACAGCAGGUUCCUCAGCUGGUGCCCGCUGGGCCUGGGGGAGGAGGCAAAGCUGUGCCUCCAAGUAAGCAAAGCAAAAAGAGCUCACCCAUGGAUCGGAAUAGUGACGAAUACCGCCAGCGCAGAGAGCGGAACAAUAUGGCCGUGAAAAAGAGCCGGUUAAAAAGCAAGCAAAAAGCUCAAGAUACACUGCAAAGGGUAAACCAACUCAAAGAAGAAAAUGAACGGUUGGAAGCCAAAAUUAAGUUGCUGACAAAGGAAUUAAGUGUACUGAAAGAUUUGUUUCUUGAGCAUGCACACAACCUCGCGGACAACGUGCAGCCCAUCAGCACGGAAACUACAGCAACAAAUUCUGAUAACACAGGGCAGUAGAUCUUCCAGGCUCCACGGCUUUGUGACUUGAACAUGAGAGGUGUGACCACCCUGCACCCCUUGGUUCAGUGGCCGAACUUGGUUUUGUUCCAUUGGAGGUUAUUUUCUAGGCUCGCACUGAACAGCUGAUUAGCCAUGUAAUUUAUCUGGUCUUAAAUGAUAAUGGAUUUUUGAAGCACUAAAAGAAAACUUAGGGUUUAUGGUUAAAACAAAAUUCCUGGACUUUAAUAUUCUUAAUAAAUCCUCACUUCCCCAGAAAUGCUUCUUUUGUAGGAAUGGGAAAAUGGAAGGUCAUAUAGAAGGUUCUGGGUUCUAAUGAGAUAAUACCUUGGAUUAAGAAAUGCUGAAUUUCAUCUGUGUUCCUCAAUUUGUGAUUCUUAUUCUAAAUUGUGUAUGGUAAAUUCUAGGGUUACAGAAACCAAUCAUAAUAAUUUGGCCCUAUUUUAUAGAUGUAUAAACCUGUGUUAGUAUCGUCAGCAUUGUUUUUUCCAACACAUACACAUUUUUAAAAAUGAUGUUAGGUAAAGCAAUCCCAUCAGGUCAUGUUGAAGAGGUGGUUAAAAAUACAGGUUGCGUUUAGGAAGGAAAGAAGUGGUUUUGUGCUCCCUCCCCCCCCCCCCCCCGUUUGUUUUAAAGGGCAUAGAGUGCUGUUGAACUUUGGGGGGGUCUUCUGCUUAUUGGAUGAGCAUUAUCUGUGUCCUAAAAAAUAGUAUCUACUGUGUACUGACAUUUUAGUUUCUGUGGACGAAAGUAAAGGCAGCAUUUGGUUUGGGGGAGAAACCAUUUUUUUUUUUUUGUCAGCCAAGUUAGUAAAUAAACUGCCUUGGCUUGAUGAUACAUACCAUGAUUUAGAAUACUACUAAUUCAUUUGGUUUCUCCUGUGUUUGUUCAGAAUAACUGCCAGUGGGGCCAUGAUUUUUAAAGGUAAAGUUUCUGUGUGUGUGCUUGUGUGAAGAGGCACUUUUUGAUGUUUGAUCUCAACUAAACAAUUAAUAGAAAAUGAAUCAACUUCAUGCCAUCACUCAGAAGACUAGUCAAAGAAAACUUGAAAGUAUGAGGUUUGAAUCUUUAAUUUAUUUCCUAAAUCUUUUUAUUUUUAUUUCUUUGAGGAUUUUUUUUUUUCCUAGUUUAGUGGGCUGUUCUUCCGGACUUCAUGUGUUAUUGCUUCUAUUAGUAUGCUUUUAUGUUCUGUAUAAAUUAUUUUAGAGAGAUAGUCUGAUAAAACUCAGGAUAUUGACUCUUUUGUUGUGAAACCAAAAAGCUGGGUGUCAGUAGGCUCUGCUCUUAUCAGUGUUGUAUUUAGAUCAUCUUCUUGGUAACUCAUGGUUUGUGCACAGUUCCAGCGCCAGUUUGUCGGUUCCUGAGAUGGUAACUAAACACAGGGCUUGUGUGAUCAGAGUUUGGGUUGCUGGAAAUCUUGUUUGAAUGUGGUCAUUUCUGGCCGUGUUUCCUACUAGGACUUGGUAACCCCAGUGUCACUCAGGUUGUUCCCUAGCAUGGCAGGAAGUUGCUGACUGUUCUGGACAGAGGCUGUCAGGGCUCUGGAGCUCAGCAGAGCUGAAGACAGGAGCUGACACUGUUCUUUGGGAGCCAAGAAAUGAGUGGGGUUUUAAAAAUUAGGGCCCAACACCAGUUUACCUUGGUUGGAAUAGCCAUCUACUCAUAAAGAUUGAGAGAUGAUGUGGAUAGCUAACAAGGACACACCCAUACAAUCCUAAUCGUCACCAGCUGAUGGAUAAUUAUGUCAUGAAUUUAAUUGGUGACGCAGUUAGGUGAUGUAUGUACCUAUGAGGGUAGGCAGACUUGGGAACCUCUGCUUCUGAAUACCAGUUUUCACAGAUGGAUGUCCUUGUGGAAUGUGAGGUCACCAGUGCUAGGACUUUAAAAAGCUGUAGGGAAGUCAGUGCUCAGAGUUUCAAAUUGAAACAUACAAAUGAGUUCAAGCUUUGCUCUUACCUUUGUAAAUGAGAUUGUUAGCACAAGUAAGUAGUUCCACAUUGAACACAGAUGUUAAUUGGUGUUUGGACUUUCUUACUCAAGUGGGUAUGAUGUUUAGCUUGAUAGAUUUCUCUGUAAAGUUGGGGGAAACUAGGUUUGGGGAAUGGGUAAACUGUAGAGUAACUUUUGAAAGUCUUGUUACUGGGGAACCUUUAGAGUUUGAUCUGUCUUCAGAUCAAACAAGGAGUCAAACUGUAGUGUGGAUUAGCCAUGUCUGUCUCCUGGGAUGGCUGCCUUUGACUAGUUCUAGGCAUAGAGGAGGGAUCAGAGCUACCCUUUGUGUCUGGCCCUUAGGGUCACAGGUGACUUUGGGAUCUCAGUAAGGAUUUUCCUAAAGUAUGACUGGGUGUUUGAAAUGCAGGUCAUGAGGCCAUUCAGUUUUUAUGAUUCUCAAUUUAUAGAAGUAGAAACAUGUAUAGUUUGAUAAGAAAGGGAUGCAGCUGUUUUUGAUGUUUCUUAACCCCUCCCACCUCUUUCCAGGGAAGCUUCGUGCCUGGACAACCUUUGGAGCACGAAGAGUGCUCCUGAUGCCUUAGAAAUAGGAAAGAUGCCUGUUUGUAUGACAGGCUGGGGAAGAUUGCAUUCCACAGCUAAUCAGAUCUGCCUCAGGAAAAAUACUAACUUGUUCUGUUUGUUCCUGGCCUUCAGUUUGUGAGAUUACUCUAUUUUUUUAAAAUAUAAUUUUAUUUCUUUCAACAAAUUUAAAAAUAAAAAACACCUUUGGAACAAUG